AUGCUGCGGUGCGCUCCAUACUACUAUAUGGAUCGGAAACCUGGCCGCUGCGCGCCGAGGACCAUCGAUGUCUUCGGAGCGUUGCCCGAGUCUGGUGGGAACACCGGAUCAGCAAUUCUGAAAUACGUCGAAUGGGCGAGAUGGCCCAAGUGGUUAGAGCGCGAAUUUACUGACCGGAAGGUUCGUGGUUCGAAUCCGACCUCCGCCACUCGACUUCUCCUGUCUAGGCUUGGGCAACCUGGCAGUAUCCUAGCCCUCGUGCUUCCUUCGGAUGGUAUGGCAGUUAGGCACCGGAAAGGUGCUACAGCUGAACGCUUUCUUUCUUUUCGAAUGGUAUUCGGGAGGAAUAACUCACCCUCGAUUGAUGAACUGAUCACACUGCACAGGUUGCGCUGGCUUGGCCACGUGCUGCGUAUGCCAGUCGACCGACUUCCUCGAAGGGCCCUUUUCGCACAACCACGUGAAGGGUGGAAGAGAGCCAGAGGCGAUCCGUACAGCACUGACCAUGGACUUACUGAUGACCCUCCUUCAGUUGAAGCGGGUCCAGCAGAUAAUCCAACUGUCGAAGGAGAAGUCCAGAUAGACUUACCAAACUACAUUUCCAAUUACCAUGGAUAUAUUCACUACCAGCGCCUGUUCUUCAUCGCUCAGCGUUGUCCUUCGUUACGGCACACUGCUCUGCGUCUCGCACAUGACUACAUCAAGAGAUAUACCUUGGACACUGCAUCUUAUAACCGAGUUUUCCUCAUGCUGGCUGAGGAGCAAGCUGGACCGGCUGCUCAGUCCUCUUCGGCCCUAGGCGAGUCUCUCAACGAAAUACAUCGUGGUAUGAUUAAUGGAGUAUCCAAUGCGUUAAACGAGCAACUCCCAAAUACCGUAUCCAUUCCUGGUGCUGGUGAAGUUAUGACGUCUGGUCCUACACUAAGCGAUGGAAUGCGACAAGCUUUAAUGAAUGUAAUGGCUGGUAAAAACGACGCUAAAUUGGUUUAUGAUACCCAGUGGGAAGAAAGCUCCCGUCGAAGUGGCACGAUAUUAUUGGACCAAUUGGACACCGAAUUGAAGAACUACAAAGCUAAUUCUAUCAAAGAAAGCAUUCGACGCGGAACAGAUGAUCUGGGAGAUCUCUAUCUUAAAUUAGGUCAAUUGGCGAACGCCCGCAAGUGCUACAUGCGUUCUCGGGAUUAUUGCACGUGUCAGCAGCAAGAAAUCAACAUGUGCCUGAAUGUUAUCAAGAUUGCUAUUUUUCAAAGAGCAUGGUCUCAAGUCAGCGCUCACGUAACUCGAGCUUAUGGUCUCUCGGAACUUCGCGAUGUCCCUCUGUGUUCCACUUCUCCUGGUUCCACAUACUCACAGCAACGAACACGACCUGCUUUCGGGUCUCGAGCAGCUGCAGCGGGAACAGCUAGAACAGUGAACUCCGGGAGAAUGACAUCGGAAGGUCUCACUGGUACCGGGAUCCCCACAUCUUCGCCCGAUCCCCUGUCCAGCAGAGCGUCCGCCCGCCAGCACAGUGAUGGUGCUGGAACGUCAGGUGGACAGGGCUCCCGGGAUGCGAUGGCUCGUGCUCCUACGCAGCUUGCUAUUGCGGCGGGUCUCGUUGAGUUAGCAGCCAGGAACUAUCGGGGAGCUGCUAUGAGCUUCCUACAGGUGAAUCCGGAUCACUGUGAAUCUCCUACGAGCAGUAUCGUUACACAGUCGGAUUUGGCAUAUUUCAUCACAUUAUGCACUCUGGCAACAUUCGAUCGGGCAGAGUUGGUGAGUCAGGUGCUAAAUAGUCCCUGUGUCCGACUUUUGUUGGAAGCUGAACCAUCCUGUCGUGAAAUACUCUACUCAUUUCAUCACGCGGACUAUGCUUCUUGUCUGGGUCGGAUAAACAAACUGAGCAACGUUUUGCGGUUGGACUAUUUUCUGGCCGAUCACGUAACCACAUUGUGCUGGGAAAUCCGCAGUCGAGCCAUCUGUCAGUAUUUCAGUCCCUACUCUUGCGCUGAUUUGAACCGAAUGGCUAAAGCUUUUGAUACCACCGUAGCUGACUUGGAGAACGAGCUGGCUGUACUCAUCCAGGACGGGAGUAUCAAAGGUCGGAUUGACUCACAUAAGCAACUGUUGCGUGCGCUCAAUGUGGAUGAACGUUGCCUGACAUUUGCUCGCGCUUUACGCUUGGCUGAUGAAUACAAAAAACGCACCCAGGCAAUGGUUCUGCGGAUGUCCUUGGUACGUCAACGACUCACAUGUCAGGGUUCCCGGGAAGAAUCUGAUAUGUUGAACUAUCUUACUUGAGCACGCCAUCAUUGGACACCUUUAUGGCUCUUCUGUCUGAUUCUUGCCCCAUCGACUCGGAGUCACUUUUCAAUCAAAUUGUUUUAUUGCGUUCCCCCAAACAGGGGAGUUAGUGCACCAAACGUUGCUCAGUUUUCAUGAGACAAAGGAACCGAGCUAGUUAUCGUCCGUUUCCUGUAAUCCGUGACAGCUUGCCCGUUCCAACCAUGUACCCGAGUAUGACGAUGACCUACUGCUUGCCGCCCCCACUACUGUUUCCCCUUUAUUUGACAUCAUUAACCCGGCUGUUACUGGACCUUUUUCAUACGUAAGGUGAAUUGAAAAUUUCAUGAAGGAGG